AAAAUCUGAAUUUAACUAUCAAGGGUAAUGAAGCUUGUGCAGAAGACAUAAGUUUGUUGCUUGGUCAACAUUUGGCUGAAUUAGAAACAACAGGUGAAAGCCCUGAAAUUAAUACAUUAAGAGAUCAUGUACAGCAAACAAAGAAAAAUAUUUUUGAAGAACCAUUGUUGAAUUCUCGCCAGAAUUUGACAAAUCAGCAAGAUGAUAAUCAGGGUGAUUCUCUUGAGAAAUUAUUGGUUUCAGAGUUUAAAAAUUUGAGGGGUGUGAUAGCAGAUUUUAACUAUAAAUUAAAUUCUGUGGCAGCCCAGGCCAAAGAAUUAGCCGAGAUGUAUAAAAAUAAAAAAGAAAAAAUUUUUGGUUCAGAAGAAGGAAUUAUCUAG